ACAAAUUAUAUACUCUUUACUUUUUUUUUCCAUUGCUCAUUCAUGCCUUCCAAGAUUUUUCAGCCCAUCUCCUUUAUUUUCCUCAUUUUCAUACUACUUGCUCCAACUGGCCAUGCCAAGAGGAGCACCCCAAGUGACAAAAAAACAUCCUCUUUAGAUUUCUUCAAGAAAUUAAAAGGUUGUCACAAGGGAAACACCACAAAAGAGAUCCACAAGCUUAAAGCCUAUCUCGAGCAAUUUGGCUAUCUCAAAUACCAAAACAAAACCCAUGCCACUGAUGAUGAUUUCGAUGAUAUUCUAGAAUCAGCCCUCAAAACCUAUCAAGAAAACUACCACAUCAAACCCUCAGGUAUUGUAGACGAUGCAACGAUAUCAAAAAUGAUAACCCCACGAUGUGGGGUACCCGAUAUCGUUAACGGCACUAACUACAUGCAACCUCGUGGCAAGAAACACAAGUCGUCUAGAUCGAGCAACAUCCACACAGUAUCCCACUACAGUUUCUUUCCAGGAAGACCUAAAUGGCCAUCUACUAAAACCCAUCUCACUUAUAGAUUCUUGUCCAACGUUCCCACAUAUGCUAUAAACCCUGUGGCAAGUGCCUUCCAAAAGUGGGGGUCUUCCACCCACUUCACCUUUGCACGAGUCCAAACCAAUCAAAAUGCUGAUUUGGAAAUAGGGUUCUUUAGAGGUGAUCACGGAGAUGGAUUCCCUUUUGAGGGCAACACCAUAGCUCAUGCAUUUGCACCACCAGUUGGAAAGUUCCAUUACGACGAAGAUGAUAGAUGGUCCGUUGGGGCAGUUGCGGGUGCUUUACACCUGGAAACUGUUGCGCUUCAUGAAAUCGGACACCUUUUAGGGCUUGAUCAUAGUUUAGAAGAAGCGGCAAUCAUGUACUCUAUGAUCGGAACCGGACAAAUCAAGAACUUGCAUGCAGAUGAUAUUGCAGGGAUAAGAGCUUUGUACAAUCGCUAAAAUAUUAGAUUUAAAGCGUGUCAUAAUAAUUUAUGUAUUUUUGUCAUGAGAAAAUAAUUUCCUUAUUUUGUAAUUUCUGUAAUAGGAGUAGUAUCUAAGGUUUCUUGUCUUUUAUAGUUAUACAUCCUUUCAUAUUUUACUCUUUUUUUUAUCAAUGAGUGAUAAUUUAAAGUCA